AGUAAUCAUAUGUCAUUCGUGUGUCAUAUACAUUGGUUGGUGUGUAGUUAUUUCCAAUACUCGUAGUGUUAGGACAAUAACAUACUUUUAUUGCUCCGAAUAUCACUAUAUGAAUUUAUGAUUUAGUUGUUAAUAUGAUAAUGUAUUUUAGAACCAGCAAUACGUGUCUUACUGGUAGUUAAUAAUAAAAAAUAUUUAUUAAACAUGUGUAAUAUAGUUUUGUUAUGAUUCUGUGGCCAGAAGAAAUAUUUACACGAUCAUUAUUUAGUUUCUUGCGUGAUUAGAACAAAAUGAGCCACUCGUCAACGUCUGGACUUGAUGGAACUGUUAGUUCCAUUAGCAAUGUAGAAACUACGUCGGAUACAGCUCAAUUAAUAAACACUGAAGAUGCCAGUACUUCUAAUUACACGCAACUCAACAAAUCUGUUAAUUUCGAGGACUCGGAUGAUGAGGAAUUUCAUGGUAGCCAUGGUGUUAGAAGACGACAAGCGCAACAGAAAAUUGAGCCAGGCUCCAUGAAUGUACUGUCAGCCAAAUAUGAAAGUUUAGACUAUGACACAUGUGAAAACCAUUUACUGUUAGACGAGGAACGCAAAAGAGGUUAUCCUUUUGUUGUCUGGAAGGACAUAGCCAGGUGGUUUAUAAUACUGCUAAUUGGCAUAGCAACUGCUUUAAUAGCAUUUACAAUAGAUAUAUGCAUAGAAGAAUUCUCAAAAAUCAAGUACAGGGAGCUGAAAAAAUCUGUGGACAAAUAUGUGGUACAAGACAGGCUCUACAUUCCGUAUUUGUUGUGGGUGUUAUCAAACAUAUGUAUCGUGUUCAUCGGGUCUAUGCUGGUUGCGUAUGUUGAGCCGGUAGCAGCUGGCAGUGGUAUUCCCCAAGUGAAAUGUUACCUCAACGGUUUGAAAGUACCGCGCGUGGUGCGGUUCAAGACGCUGGUGGUGAAAACUGUUGGAGUCAUCACUGCUGUGGUCGGCGGACUUGCAGGUGGAAAGGAAGGCCCGAUGAUCCACAGCGGAGCGGUAGUAGCAGCCGGUAUAUCUCAGGGCAAGAGCACGACUUUCAACAAGGACUUCAAGGUAUUCCAGUACUUCCGCGAGGACCAUGAGAAGCGGGACUUCGUGUCCGCCGGCGCUGCUGCCGGCGUGUCAGCCGCUUUUGGUGCUCCUAUAGGUGGAGUACUGUUCUCUUUAGAGGAAGGCACGAGUUUCUGGAACCAAGCUCUUACGUGGCGGACAUUCUUCGGCACUGUCGUGUCGACGUUUACGUUGAAUUGUGCCUUAUCUGCGUACCACGGAAGGCCGGGAGAACUGAGUUAUCCAGGUCUCCUGAACUUGGGUAAGAUGGAACCCUUCCCGUUUCAAUUUUAUGAAUUACCAGUGUUCAUGUUUUUCGGCGCCGUCGGAGGACUAUUAGGCGCGCUGUGGAACCAUAUCAACUAUAGAUUAACUGUAUUUAGGAUCAAGUACAUAGGAUCUCCUUGGUUGCGAGUGGUUGAGGCGUGUCUAGUGGCCGCAGCUAGCGCCACCUGUGGCUUUCUCAUGAUGUUCCUGUUGAACGACUGUCGACCACUAGGAGAAGACCCUACGAAGGUUCCUCUACAGUUAUUCUGCGCUGACGGCGAAUACAAUGCUUUAGCGGCGAUCUGGUUCCAAACACCUGAAGCGUCCGUCCGGUCCUUCCUACACGACCCUAUAGGGUCCUACAAGCCGUGGUCGCUACUAGCGUUCGUCAUCAGCUACUUCCUGCUGUCAUCCUGGACAUUCGGCCUCUCUGUGUCCAGUGGACUGUUCAUACCGAAUUUGUUGACCGGGGCCGCCUGGGGCAGGCUGUUGGCUAUUAUGAUACAGUAUAUGCUGCCGUCUAAUACGAUUAACCCAGCGAAGUACGCGCUGGUGGGCGCGGCGGCGCAGCUGGGCGGCGUGGUCCGCAUGACCAUCUCCCUGACUGUCAUCAUCAUAGAGACCACCGGACAGAUCUCCAACGCUCUGCCCAUCAUCAUCACCCUGGUCGUCGCUAAGUGGGUCGGAGACUUCUUUAAUGAGGGAAUAUACGACAUCCACAUCCAGUUGGCCGCAGUCCCGCUCCUACCGUGGGAGCCGCCGCCGCUGGCGCACAAUAUCUACGCGUCCGAAGUGAUGUCGCAUCCAGUGUUCACGCUACGAACAGUCGAGAACGUCGGCCAUAUUGUGGAGUUGUUAAAACUUGUGUCCUACAAUGGAUUCCCCGUUGUAGACCCGCCGUUGGCUGAUGAUGUGGAAGUAACAACCUACAAACGCCUCCGCGGCUUAAUACUACGAUCCCAGCUGAUUGUUUUGAUACAGAACAAGAUAUACAAUGAGAACGCCAACACGACGUGGUCGAACUUCAAUGUCGAUAUGAAUAUGUUCAGGAAAGAAUACCCCCGGUUUCCAUCUAUUGAUGAGCUAAAUCUAGCCGACUGGGAGAAGACAUGCACAAUAGACCUGCGCCCGUUCAUGAAUCCCUCGCCGUACACGCUGCCGCACCGCGCGUCUCUCCCGCGCAUGUUCCGCCUCUUCCGAGCACUUGGGUUGAGGCAUCUACCUAUAGUUAACGAUGUUAAUGAGGUGGUUGGCAUGGUGACACGUAAAGACAUCGCUCGGUACAGGGUUUGGCGACACAGAGGCCACAUGGGAAUGGAAGAACUCAUACUUUCAAGUGAAAUAUAGGUUUGAUUUCUUUGUACAAAAUUGCAUGUAAUAAAGGAACCUGCAAUAUUGGAUUAUGACUCAUAAAUGAAUAGCCAAAAAAUCUAUAAUUAUGAAACUCAAGUAAUUAUAAUUUAAAACAAGUUUAUAAUUCUUCUCAUAUGUGUAGCAAUAUUAAUGUUUUAUUAUUCCUCUUUAUUCUUCCAGUUAUUUUCUACUACUGAUAUCACAUGAUGAUUCAUAUCUCUUUCUUAUAUAAAAAACUGUUUGUUGUAAAUUGUGUUGUCAAUAAUUAAUGCAAAUAUCAAUUAAUACAUAAUAGAUAAAUGACAAUUAUAAUUUAAUAUAUUUAUUUAAAAUUGGCCAGUGGCCAGUGUAAUUAAGUACAUGUACUCUAAACCAAAUACAGAUUUGUACUCAUACUAACAUAUUUAUUAAUGUAGGUAUAGUUUACAACUUGUAGGUGUUAGAUGUGCCUGAUUUUUUGCAUAAUUUGAUUAGAGUGUUUUGUUUAAUGUUAUUAGGUUUCUAAAUAAUAUUACAAAUGGUCCUCUAUUAUAAAAGAUGUCAAAUCAUGGAUGGACAGGAGGAUUAAAUACAUAAACUCUUUUAUUUUAAAAUAACACAAUAACACAGCCCAUCCUUUUCACCCUAUUUAACAAUAUCCAAAUUUAUAUAGGAACACAGAAAAAAAAAUAGUGGGCAUUAAAUAUUAUCUUGUUUGCCCACUUGGAGUUGUAAUAAUGCUUGUGCACUGUUAAAAAAAUGAGUCUAUUAGCUGUAUGGUAUAAAGUGUAAAUAAUUUCCAUUGAUCCAAUGUGAUAUUUUUGUUAAGAUUUAGAUGUUGUACUUUAAUGCAUGAAACUUAUGCAGAAAUUAUGAAAUUGUUAUGAUUUAUGACACUAUUGUGAUAAUUCUAUAAUUAAGAUUAUAUAUUGUGUUAUCAAUAAAACGACUUUAGUAAA